GUGGGGUUUUACUCUACUCGUUUAUUUUCGUACGAAAGCAUUGGAAGUGUGGUGAAUACUUCACAAAGUAAACACAAAUAGCAUGGAACCAAAUGCUGCUUCAUCACCCAAAGCAGCACAAAGUAGCAGUGCAACACAAAGUAGCAGUGCAACGCAUGCGAAGACAACCCCACUUCCGAAUAUCGUUUAUCAACAGCUUCUUAAGUAUGCACGGCAGGGACUUUCAGCAGACGAGAUUGCAAGACAUUUACUUCUGCCACAAACCUACAUCUCAAAAGUACUUGGUGAAGGAAGCAACCGCAGUGCAACGACGUCUCGCUCAAGUUGGGUGGGAGGCAGUAAACCCAAAGUUGCCACCCCGGAAGUUGUAAGCAAGAUAGAACAGUGUAAAAGAGAACAUCCAACUAUUUUUGCGUGGGAGAUUAGAGAGAAAUUAGUCGAAUCUAAAGUAUGCACAUUAAAUAACUGUCCAAGUGUGAGCUCCAUCAAUCGCAUUCUGAGAAACCGCGCCGCCGAACGCGCUGCUCAAAAAGCUUAUGAGGAACAGGGACAUGAUCCUUACAUGACAACACUUAGCACUAAAUAUCAUCACAAGCAUGAAAAUAUGACACCUUUUCAUCUCCCCGCUUACUCUUCGUACAAAAGUACUAUAUGCAAUCGUGGAUGUUGCACUGGUAGGCCGUACGUGGUACCACCUUUAACCAUGCCGAAUCUUCAUUCUGUCGGAACGCACCCAUAUCGAUAUUACAGAGCUGCAGUGCCCAACUACGUUUUAUCACGUGACGUCGCACAUCAUAGAAAAGCUUUUAUGGAUGAAAAUUUGUAUUUCCCGAGACGCUUUAAAAGUACUGAAUAUUAUCGCAACAAAGAACCAGCACUCAGUCAACGGCAUAAUUGGGACGAUUCUUAUAAAUUGAAAGCUAAUCGUGAUAGCUCUUCUUACUCGCAUUUAUUAAGUCCAAAUACAUACAACAAUGAACGACGUUACGGCGAACAUUAUGGAAAUAAACCGGAAAAAGACGAUGAAAGAAGAACAUAUCAGCUUAGUAAAUGGUGCAAGAGAAAAGAGCAGAAUAACCCUAUACACAAUCCAUACAACGAAGAUAAGAGACUCCUUUCCAUGCAUUCAAAAAAUACCGAGGAUACAACAGAUCCAACAUUGCCGUCGUGGGAUUCCGAAUCCUGUUACAGCGAAGAUUAUUCCGACGACGAGGCAGAUAGUCGUGUAAAACCCGAGUUAAGGAAAUUACGACGGAGCCGAACAACUUUCAAUACAUCACAACUGCAGGUAUUAGAGAAAGAAUUUGCUAAUUUUCAUUAUCCUGACGUUUCAACUAGAGAAGCAUUGGCAAGCAAAAUUAAUAUGUCUGAGGCUCGUGUGCAAGUUUGGUUUUCAAACAGAAGAGCAAAAUGGCGUCGACAAAAACGACUGGCAAGCAUUGAUCGUAGAUAUAAACUGAUACACGAUAGUGGAUGCGUGGAAUGUAAUAUGAGUUCAAAGUCAAAACAUUUAGAUGAACACGAUCGACCAUUCACACGAUGAAGGAUAUUUUCAAAGGAGAAGACAAAAUGUAAAUAUUUUUAAAAAAGUAUGCGAAAUACAAACCCAUUAAUAUUCCUGAA